CUGAGGCUACAGGCGCGCGCCGCCUUGGAGCCGCCCGUGUCGGCCUCGCCCCCGAGAGCCGAUUGGCUGAUGCGCUGGGCCCAGGAUGGGCCGGGGGCGGGUCCAUUUAAAGACCUCGGGACAGGAGCGGGCGCUGUCCAAGCUCAGUGCCGAGACAGGUGCAGGCGCAGCGGGGUCGGAUCCUCCGCGUCACCGAGGCCAUCUCCUGGGUGAUGGGGUGGGCUGUGUGUCCUUGACGGACUUUUGUGAGCCCCCAACCCCCGGCGGACCUGAGACCAUGGCCCCUCCUCAGAGCUCCCGGGCCUCGCUGGAUUUCGGGGGACCCCUGGGCGCUGCGGCGCUGAUACUGCUGCUCCCUGCCACCAUGUUCCACCUGCUCCUGGUGGCCCGCUCGGGCCCAGCGCGCCUCCUGGGCCCACCCCCCUACCUGCCCGGACCCGAGGCGCUGUGGAGCCCGCGGGCGCUGCUGCUCUUGCUCACCUGGCUCGGCCUGCAGGCGGCGCUCUACCUAUUGCCGGCGCGCAAGGUGGUCGAGGGGCAGGAAUUGAAGAACAAGAGUCGCCUGCGCUACCCCGUUAACGGCUUCCAGGCCCUGGUGGUGACAGGCCUGUUGGUGGGCCUGGGGGUGUCAGCUGGGCUGCCCCUAGGGGCACUCCCGGAAAUGCUCCUGCCCUUGGCCUUUGCGGCCACCCUCACCGCCUUCGUCUUCAGCCUGCUCCUCUAUCUGAAGGCUCUGGUAGCCCCUGCCUACGCCCUGGCUCCUGCCGGGAACUCAGGCAAUCCCAUUUACGACUUUUUCCUGGGACGGGAACUCAACCCGCGCAUCUGUUCCUUUGACUUCAAAUAUUUCUGCGAACUGCGGCCUGGCCUCAUGGCCUGGGUCCUCAUCAACCUGGCCCUGCUGCUGCAGGAAGCAGAACUCCGGGGGAGUCCCUCACUGGCCAUGUGGCUGGUCAACGGCUUCCAGCUACUCUACGUGGCCGAUGCCCUCUGGCACGAGCUGUCGGCUACUACAUCUUCCGUGGAGCCAAUUCCCAGAAAAACACCUUCCGAAAGAAUCCUUCUGACCCCAGAGUGGCUGGCCUUGAGACCAUACCUACAGCUACGGGGCGACAGCUGCUGGUGUCUGGGUGGUGGGGUAUGGUCCGCCAUCCCAACUACCUUGGAGACCUCAUCAUGGCUCUGGCCUGGUCCUUGCCCUGCGGGGUGUCCCACCUGCUGCCCUACUUCUACCUCCUCUACUUCACCGCGCUGCUGGUGCACCGGGAGGCCCGGGAUGAGCAGCAGUGCCUGCAGAAAUACGGCCUGGCCUGGCACGAAUACUGCAAGCGUGUGCCUUACCGCAUUGUGCCCUACGUCUACUGACGCAGCUCCGCCCACCCGACGUCGGGCACGUGCCCGCCCACCCACCAGCACACCCAGCACCAGGAGCCGGGGCGCACCUGCGACCCAAGGGCCUGCACCCUACCCUGCCUCGAGCUCCAACAGGCAGGGAUAGCAGCCUCAGAGAGGUAGUUUGAGGCAAGGAGCAAAUGAAGCCAGUGCCUAAAAAUGGAGUGGAUGGGCUGCUCUUCCUCCUUGGAUAAACAUCUGGAACCCUUGG